CUCAGCAUCUCAACCUCCAGCAACUUCUCCUCGUACCGCCUCUGGUAAUUCUCUCCACUUCCCCUCUUCAACAGCCUGUUCUUCUCCUCCAGCUUCUCGUUCUUGUGCUCGAGUUUUGCAUUGCGGUCUUCCUCUUCCACGAGCAGAUCUUCCAUCCUACGGACCUCUCUGACCUGCGCAUCUAGCUGUGCACGCAUGUUUCUACACUGGUAGUGCUCGUUGACCACGCGCUGGUGUUCGGCUCGCAAGUUCUGGAGGUGCCAUUGAUCUCUCUGAGCCAUGCUGAGUUGGGUUUGCAGUGAUGAGACUUGAGAUAUGAGAGAUUGUUCUCUGGCUUCCGCUUCGUCAAGGAGGUCCUCGGCAGCUCUUUCUCUGUGAGAUGAAGUACGACGAUGGGAGGACGUUCGGCCUAGAACGAGACGUUCUCGUCCCCGGCUGUCCCUCUCAAUGUAAGGGCUUCUGUUUGACAUGUUGCUUGGUACGUUCCCUAUUUUGAUAGGUAUCCUAGUCUUUUGAAGGCAAGACCAGUAACCAGUUGAUAGUCGUGAUAAUUGGGUGUCUGCGAGAUGAUGUGCAGGAAGUAGUAUUGGAUAGGAAAGCAGGAGAAUGGAUCAAUGAGGGAGGAGAAUGUGGGUAUAUAUGUGCGGCUGCCUGAUUCUUUUUCGCGACCUUUUUCCGCGACCAUCUGAGAGGAGAGCCUUGUCCCACAUGAUGUAUCUCCCACACCAUCUCGGUGAGAAGAUUCUCACAAGGCUUAUCAUGGAGGGUUCAUAGAAAAGAGCCCUACAUGGGACAUUCCAGAAUCUACACCAACGCAGUAGUGAUAGAGUGCCGCAACCUGAUACUGUCUGAACAAAAAGAAGGGAACUUGCAUUCUCGACCCGUGCCGCAGAUGUUGUGACUGUAUAGGGCAAGUAUGCUUAUGUCUGCUCAGCUGUCCAUGGUUUCGCGGGAACUAGGAAGAGGCUCCUCCCUACGGAAACCAGCAUGGCGGGAUUAUCCUGACUUGAAUCCAAUCAUCUUCGCACUCGCCGAAGAGGAUGAUCUCGAGAUGACUGGGGAACGUCCUGGCUAUGCAACGGGUGAUGGUUCGCCAAUUGGCCUGUCAGCCUCGUGGGGUCCAACAGGCGGGGUGCACAGCCACUUGGCGCUCAGAGCUGAAUGACCACUCCUGGAUUUGGCGACCGAGAACCGUUAGAAAUGCUGAACGGAGUGUCCCAGAAGAGCUUCUCAUGUGAAAUUCUUAAAACUGUAUUCGCGUACUUGUGGCUGGGACAAAGUCAGGUGGGGUGUGGCGGUUUUGAUGUAAAUUGUGGCUUGACCAGGUCAAAGUGAACACGAUGGGAGAGAGGGGAUUAGCUAGAUGAUCCGUUGUGCAGUACGUUGAAAAUCAACAAGGCUUGAGCUGUAACAGAGUUCUUGGAAUAGGUGUUGUGAGAUUGCUAUCUCCAGGAGACGUUCGGUUGCCAAGUUUCGAGAUGUGAAAUCUUGGAUCCGAGUCUCCAGCCCAUGUCAGCAACAGCCUCAACAGUGCAGUGCAGUAGCUGCAAUAAAUAUCCCGGAAUAUUGAUAAGAGCUUGAAGCUUGACAAGCCGCUGUGAGCUACACUCGCCUUAUGCCUGUUUGUGGGUCUGGGAUUGUGGUAGCAAGCGGUGGAGCUCCUGUGGAGCAGCAGAUGACUCCGCUCAAAAACGUCCAUCCGCGACAAUGAGCCUUUCUUCGGUGCCCAGGAGUGAAGCCUUUGCUUUCGAGCUGUCUGCAAGUUGGCUCUCUGUCCUAAUGCCAUCAGUCCUCGCCGAAAAUAUAUACAAUCUUCGAACUGAUUCAAGGAGGUCGAAGUGGGCGCGUGUUGAUCAGAGGAGGGUGAGAAGAGCUCGUGUUCGAAGGGAGAUUCGAUGGUCGGGAUAGAGGUAUAUCGGGCAAGAGGAGCCUGAGCUUCUCUUUGGAGAAAGGUAGCAGGUUCCUACUUGUCUCUGGCCAUGCCUACGCUUUCUUCCCUGCUCUAGAAUGUUUGUGCUCGAAGAUUGUGCCUUCGGUCCACAACCUUCCCUUCACCUUGAUAACUUCUCCAUAGUGUCCCCCCGUUCUGUCUUCGAUGAAUGGAGGUCCUGCAGAGAAGUGGACGUUUCAUAGGAAAUCCGCCUGUGGGAGUGAUGGGUUUGCUGAUGGUGAUUUUGUCGAGCGGAAGACCGCAAGGAUUAGAGACAGCUGUGUAUCGUCGAACAUCAGCUUGCGUGUAUAAUAAUGACAUUUCAUGGAGAACUCCCAACCUUGAAGCCUGGAGCUAUGGUAGAGAACCAAUCUCCCCGCGUUGCGCGUAAGGUUACGCCCGGUCUGCUGGUUCGGGGCACAAUUUCCCGAGCAUGCUGCCUCACAGUUGGGAGCUGCCAACAUCUAACACUUAUAAACAACGUUAAUCCCACUUCUAGAACAACGAUCCCGAACGAAAAUAGCAAAGAACGUCCACAAGAUGGCCGAAGAAUCCCCCCAGUACCCCAUCAUCGACUCACACAUCCACCUCUACCCCUCCAGCGAACUCUCCACCCUCGCCUGGUGCACACCCACCAACCCCCUCCACAGCCAACACUCCCUCUCCGAAUACACCAGCGCAACCGGCUCGCCCCCUUCCCUCGAAGGCUUCAUCUUCCUCGAAACAGACCGCAAGCAUGAUCUUGCAUCUGGCGAGAAAGACGGCUCGGGCUGGGAGAUGCCCCUCAUGGAAGUCGAGUGGCUGAAGCGCAUAGCGCAGGGUACGCCGCGCGAGGGAGAGGGCCACACAGAGGAGCAGAGGAAGUUGUGUUUGGGGAUCGUGCCUUGGGCGCCGGUGCCGAGUGGGGGGGAGGUGUUGGAGAGGUAUGUGGGGGAGGUGGAGAGGUGUGCGGAGGGGAGCUUUGGGAAGGUGAAGGGGUUUAGGUAUUUGGUGCAGGAUAAGGAGAGGGGGACUAUGCUGAAGCUUGGGUUUGUGGAUGGCUUGAAGUGGUUGGGGAGGAAGGGGUAUGUGUUUGAUUUGGGUGUGGAUCAGCAUAGUGGUGGGAAGUGGCAGUUGGAGGAGGCGGUGGAGAUGAUUGAGAAGGCUCAUGAGGGUGUGUCGGAGGAGGAGAAGGUGACUUUUAUUAUAAACCAUCUCUGUAAGCCUGAUCUGUCAGUUUACAACCAAACAGACCCGGCAUUUGUAGCAUGGCGUACAGCCAUGUUCCGUCUCAGCAAAUGCAGCAAGACCUUCAUGAAACUCAGCGGCUGUUUCUCCGAAAUGCCAGAAUCGCUCAAGAAGGCACCAGUAGAUGAAGUUCUCCUUGCUCUUCAACCAUACUUGGUGGUCAUCUUAGCAACGUUUGGAUCAUUCCGCAUCAUGUUCGGCUCCGAUUGGCCGGUGUGUACUGUUGGUGUGGAUGAUGCGUGGAAGAAAUGGAGGCAGGUUGUGCAGAGAUUCUGCGACCUUGCGAGUUUGAGUCAGGAGGAUCAGAUCAUGAUUUGGAGUGGAACUGCCAUUAAGGCGUAUGGGCUCACUGAGUUGAUGUGAUGUGAUGGAUUGCUCUAGGAUGUGUCUAGAUGAUACAAUAUUGCAAAUCCUCUGGAAAGCAUGAGCUUCCAUUCUUCUCACAACCAUGAAAUGUUUAACCUUGCCCUUAAACUUAUGCACUUGUUGUCAGGCCUGAGCUCAUGCUGAGGCAUAGAUAUCCUAUGAAGUUAUUGCUAGGACUGGCUGCUCGGCUAAGCUUACAAGACACAGAAACAGCACAACCAGGACAACCAAGAGGUUGGAUUUAACAAGAAUUCUGGGCAAUGUCCAUAACCCACAUAAUUCUUUAUAGAAUUCCUUUGAGUGAAUGAAUUGGGAUUUUCGGUUCCUGUCAAUCAACGAAGGAGCUUCGAAAUUUCUGUACGCAUUGACUAUCACCGACAUCACCGACCUACCAUUCCCAGCAUUCCAACACCAAUCUUGAAAUAAUCCCAGCACAGCCUCACAAUCCAGAACAACGGUACUGGCGGGUCAUUCUCCCUCGUCAAGUGCAACUGCAAAAGCAAACUAACCAUGCUGAUAAAGCUGGCUAUCGAGAAGACGGAAAUGGAAAGAGAUGUCUCUUUCAAUAUAGCAAGACGUGGAUGUGUAAGGUGGUACAAGAAGGUUAGAGUCUGGUCCUUGGUUAGUUACGACAGAGAUGAGACGAGAGACGUACACUGGCAAUACUUAUCCACGCUGGGAGCAGAAGUCUGGGGUCUUCGGAGCCGCCAGAUAGGUAGAGAACCCAUGAUGUUAUGUAUGCAUUCAUGGAGUUUAUGGUGAGAAGUCGGACAAGAGUUGCUGGAGAAGUCAGGAAAUAUUACCAAAAGUCAAGAGUUUGUUUAC